AGCCGCCUAAUGAGCCGUUUACGCUGUAUAUAAAGGAAAGAUUUCGCUGUUUUUCUCAUUCGAAGGGCGGCGCACGAACCCGAGAGAUCAUCAAGCAAAUAAACAGACAUGGCAACUCGUGGAACAUCUCUACGCGUUUUGAUCAUUAUGAUCUUCUCGUUGCAUUCAAUCGCCAAGAGCAACAAACAAAACACUAAAAUACCUGACUAUCUGCUGGAAUUGUACAAAAAUUCAUCCCUCACGAAGAUCAUGCCGUACAAUGCCUCGUCGAUUCGAUCCAUGUACUUCGAAACGAUAACAAAACUGAGCAACAACCCGACAUGGAAGCUGACGACCAGCCUGAAAGCACUCCAACAAAAGAAAACGUACAUAAUUCGCGACGAACUACGCGUUUACGUCGUAAACGUACAAGCAAACGGUAACUUCCUAAUCGAGAUAAAAAAAUCCACCGAAAACGUGAUGUUUGCAAGUAAAACAAUUUCGAAAGGCUGGAACACGGUAAAUCUGAAUGGUGCGAGUCGAAAAUGGCUAAGCCAAUCAUUGGGAACACUCACCAUCACUGCCACGAUCCGGUCCGGAAAUAACGUGCCGACGGGUGAUCAAAAUACUCUCAUAAACAUUGGUAUGGCAGGAUCUCUGAGGCCUUACUUGGUGUUUUACGAAAAAUAAAUCCAUUAUGUUAAUUGCAGAGCCGUAGAUAUAUGAGCAUCGAUAUUCGUAAUAUAUUUGUCACAUAGAGAUGAAAUGUAAUUGUUAUACACAUCACAGGUCGUAAUAAAUAGAAACGAUUGUAAAAGACCAGAGAAACCUUUCAGAAAUUACGUCAUUCGAGGGAUCUCAAAGGCCGCUAAAGUUAUCUUCCAUACAAUGGAGUCCUCGAGAAGUGAACACAUAAAUUGCAUGAUUUUCUCAAAUGAAUAAUUUUGGAGAACGAUUGUAGCUUAUUGUAUCGAAACGAAUGUAGUUUUUUCAUUUAGUAAAUAAAGUACGUGCUUUCUUACAUCGCUCA